AUGGUUUCUUUCAAGUUCUCGCUGCUUCUUCUGGUGCAGCAGCUGCUGGCUAAUGCAGAGACGUGUUACAACGAAGAUGAGUUGAGCUAUGAGGUGGACCUCUUUGAGACUGCUAUGAAACAGGAAGGUCCUGAAGCAGCCCUUGCGCUUCUUCAAGUCAAGAAGGAGAAGACUGAGAAGACCGAUGCAGAUGGGCAGUGGCGCCGCGGCUGGCAUAACGGCUAUCGUCACUAUGGCUGGGGGCAUGGCUAUCGCGGUGGCUGGGGCGGCUGGGGCGGGCUCGGGGGUGGCAACGGUGGUUGGGGCCGCGGCUCUGGGAGCACUUGGAUUCGGCGUUGCGGUGGCCGCGGCUGUUGGUAUGAACGGGUCCCGCAGCGUUAUAGGUGA